AUGGUCGGCUGGAAUGGCCUCCCUGCCGAGCUCAAAGCCUUGACCCUCAGCUUUGCCAUCGCCGCGGCGCAGCAAAAACCAAAGGCCCACCACCUCGCCUCCUACGCCGUCGUCUGCAGAGACUGGCAGGACGCCGUCGAGCCCGCCAACUUUGCCUCGCUGCGCGUCACCGCCGGCGACCUCGCCGAUUUCGUCAGCCUCGUCGUUGGCCCACGUCGACGCUACCUGAAGCACCUGCUGCUGGGCAUCGAGCUGCCCAAGUACAACACAGCCCAAGGCCAGGGUGCCCGAGACGGAUGA